AUGGCCUACGCCGUCGGCCAAGACUCACGGUUCUCCCAAAACCCUGGCAUGGAACACUGGAAGGGACUUAAGAGGAUCCUGACAUACUUGCGAAAAACCAUCAAUCAUGGCCUUCUAUUUGGUGGUGGCAGCAAUGAACUUUGUGGAUACGUCGACGUUGACUAUGCCGGUGAUACGGAAAACAGACGGUCAACAUCUGGAGCCGUAUUUAUUCUCAAGGGCUGCCCAUUUCAUGGCAGAGCCGUCGACAAACUUGUGUUGCACUGCACAACCACGGAGUCAGGGUUUAUCGCAGCAUGUGAUGAAACGAAGGAGUCAAUAUGGUUGAGACGUCUCUACUCAGAGCUAGGUGGCAUCAGCUUGGCCAUGCCACUACGGUGCGACAAUCAAGGGGUAAUUGUCCUUAUUCACAACCCCAUAUUCCACCAGCGUACAAAGCCCAUGGACGUGAGUUUCUUCUUCGUGCGUGACGCCCAUCAGGAGUGCAAAAUCAACAUCACGUACAUCGAUACCGAGGUCCAGCUUGCCGAUAUCUUCACGAAGGCUCUGCCAAACCAGAGAUUCGAGAAACUACGUAACAGCCUGAAUGUUCAGGAAUUCUCAAAUUAG